UCCUAUCACAUGCUUUGCUAGAUUGUUUACUUGUUCUGGUUUGGUUUUCUCUAGCCCCUCCCUCCCUCCCUCCCUCUUUCUCCCAUCCAGCCUUUCUCACCCGCCCACCAGUUGGUUCCUGCUUAGUAUUAUGUGGUGAUAAUAGCAGAGACGAGACGGAAAAGACGGCCUAAACAGCCCUUUUAUCUCAAGAUUUGUUUUGCUGUUGCAUCUUCUAACCCUGCGGUUUCACUGUCUUAUGACUACCAUGCUCCGUCUGACUGCAGGGCGCGUGCGAAACCUGGUUGCUACACGUGCAACAGUGGCCUUGACUACCAACAGCGCGAGGAUGGCGAGUCACGAGGUGGCACAGACAGUGGACAUGUCUCAGCCAAUGUAUGUGGACCGUCUGGACACCCCUCUGCCUGACAAACCCUACACUGCUGUCCUGACUGCUGCUGACAAGAGCCUGAAACAGAAGGAGAAAGGACCCUGGAGCCAGCUGACCCAAGAGGAGAAGCUUGCCUGUAGGUUCUUCUCUCCACGCAGGCUGAGACUGUGGAGCUAUCUGCUAGGAGUCGCUGAGUUUGCCGUUACGAGCGCAGCCGUCCUCGCUGCGGAUCUGCAUAAUGCAUGUAUGUGUUUGCAUAUGGACUACACUUCCGAGUCCAUUGAAGUGCUUCAUAUGUCUCUAUUCCCAGUCUACCCUGCACGUCCCAGGACCUUUGACGAGGAGUGGCAGGCCAAACAGCUGCAGAGGAUGUUGGACAUGAGGAUCAACCCCGUCGAGGGCUUCUCAGCCAAGUGGGACUAUGAGAAGGGCCAGUGGAAGUAAAGAGACGACUGGACUGUGGCUGAGGUGGCGCAGGGUCCCGAGCCGUCCCCUCAGAGCGUGGAUUCGUCCCACUCUGUGAAGCUGCUGUCGAAGUCAGUCGCAUGUUUGAAUGUUGCAUUGUCAAAAAUGUCGAAAACCACUAGAAGGAUGGAGCUUAUCCAGGGUCGACAUCUCUGGGGCCGGUUCACUCUGUGCCACCUCUGAGCCAGGGACGUCUUUUCCAACCACGUCUGUCUCGGUGAUAAUCGUGUCCGUCCUGUAACCUUAUCAUAAUAAAGUUCUGCUUAAGCC